CAUAGUACAUGUAUGUAGAAUUAUAACAUUUUAUCGUCAAAGUUAGAAAAGAUGAACAUUUAACAAGGUGGUAUUGACGCAAAUGGUGUUAACACUGGGUAGUCAUUACCAAUAUGCUUACUAUUGACAAGAUGGCGUUGCUGAGAUGAACUAUUAACGAGAUGGUGUUGUUGAAGAUGAACUAUUAACGAGAUGGUGUUGUUGAAGAUGAACUAUUAACCAGAUGGUGUUGUUGAAUAUGAACUAUUAACGAGAUGGUGUUGUUGAAGAUGAACUAUCAACCAGAUGGUGUUGUUGAAGAUGAACUAUUAACCAGAUGGUGUUGUUGAAUAUGAACUAUCAACCAGAUGGUGUUGUUGAAUAUGAACUAUUAACGAGAUGGUGUUGUUGAAGAUGAACUAUUAACCAGAUGGUGUUGUUGAAUAUGAACUAUCAACCAGAUGGUGUUGUUGAAGAUGAACUAUCAACAAGAUGGUGUUGUUGAAGAUGAACUAUUAACCAGAUGGUGUUGUUGAAUAUGAACUAUCAACCAGAUGGUGUUGUUGAAUAUGAACUAUUAACGAGAUGGUGUUGUUGAAGAUGAACUAUUAACCAGAUGGUGUUGUUGAAGAUGAACUAUCAACCAGAUGGUGUUGUUGAAGAUGAACUAUCAACAAGAUGGUGUUGUUGAAGAUGAACUAUUAACCAGAUGGUGUUGUUGAAGAUGUACUAUUAACCAGAUGGUGUUGUUGAAGAUGAACUAUUAACGAGAUCAAGUUUGUGACACUAUAAACGAUGAUACUGCUUUGCUUGCUACUCUUUAUAUGCUACGUAACUUCUUCAUCCACAGACCCAUGCCAGACGUACGAUGAUUUCCUCGCCGACUACAAACGAUCGCCCUCACACACAGAAUCCGAGUAUGAUAAUGCAGAAUGUGACGCGACACUCACUGAGAAAUGGUACCGUAUAGAUGGGGCUGCUGGGACAGACCUCACAAACGACAGCGGGCUGCUUCAAAACUAUGUUUGUGGCACGGUCUAUCAAAUGUGGAUGAAUGGCAACAUCCCGGAGGAGUCGGAGGGAAUCGUAGACAGACAAAUCUGCCUGAGAACAGUGUUCUCGACCUGCCAGUAUUCCUUUACAAUACAAGUAAAGAACUGCUGCUCCUUUAGAGUGUACUACUUAAAGAGUGCUGGUGGUUGUCCACGUGCAUAUUGUGUUAGUGACACCAAUGUUACUUCAUCUGAUGAAUGUCCUAAUGUCACAACAUCUACUGAAACCAUGGCAACUGACACAACUUCAGCAGCAACUACGAAAACAAUAACUGACACAACGCUGGCAGCAACAACGAAAACAAUAACUGACACAACUUCAGCAACAACAACGAAAACAAUAACUGACACAACGUCAGUAUCAGCCACAUCAACCGACGGUCCAAUAACGCAGGCCGAGACUUCAACGACCAGCAGUACCGACCCAUGCCAGACGUACGAGGAUUUCCUCGCCGACUACAAACGAUCGCCCUCACACACAGAAUCCGAGUAUGAUAAUGCAGAAUGUGACGCGACACUCACUGAGAAAUGGUACCGUAUAGAUGGGGCUGCUGGGACAGACCUCACAAACGACAGCGGGCUGCUUCAAAACUAUGUUUGUGGCACGGUCUAUCAAAUGUGGAUGAAUGGCAACAUCCCGGAGGAGUCGGAGGGAAUCGUAGACAGACAAAUCUGCCUGAGAACAGUGUUCUCGACCUGCCAGUAUUCCUUUACAAUACAAGUAAAGAACUGUUGCUCCUUUAGAGUGUACUACCUAAAGAGUGCUGGUGGUUGUCCACAUGCAUAUUGUGUUAGUGACACCAAUGUUACUUCAUCUGAUGAAUGUCCUAAUGUCACAACAUCUACUGAAACCAUGGCAACUGACACAACUUCAGCAGCAACUACGAAAACAAUAACUGACACAACGCUGGCAGCAACAACGAAAACAAUAACUGACACAACUUCAGCAACAACAACGAAAACAAUAACUGACACAACGUCAGUAUCAGCCACAUCAACCGACGGUCCAAUAACGCAGGCCGAGACUUCAACGACCAGCAGUACCGACCCAUGCCAGACGUACGAGGAUUUCCUCGCCGACUACAAACGAUCGCCCUCACACACAGAAUCCGAGUAUGAUAAUGCAGAAUGUGACGCGACACUCACUGAGAAAUGGUACCGUAUAGAUGGGGCUGCUGGGACAGACCUCACAAACGACAGCGGGCUGCUUCAAAACUAUGUUUGUGGCACGGUCUAUCAAAUGUGGAUGAAUGGCAACAUCCCGGAGGAGUCGGAGGGAAUCGUAGACAGACAAAUCUGCCUGAGAACAGUGUUCUCGACCUGCCAGUAUUCCUUUACAAUACAAGUAAAGAACUGCUGCUCCUUUAGAGUAUACUACUUAAAGAGUGCUGGUGGUUGUCCACAUGCAUAUUGUGUUAGUGCAGACACCAAUGUUACUACAUCUGAUGAAUGUCCUAAUGUCACUUCUGACACAACAUCUACUGAAACCAUGGCAACUGACACAACUUCAGCAGCAACUACGAAAACAAUAACUGACACAACGCUGGCAGCAACAACGAAAACAAUAACUUACACAACUUCAGCAACAACAACGAAAACAAUAACUGACACAACGUCAGCAUCAGCCACAUCAACCGACGGUCCAAUAACGCAGGCAGAGACUUCAACGACCAGCAGUACCGACCCAUGCCAGACGUACGAGAAUUUCCUCGCCGACUACAAACGAUCGCCCUCACACACAGAAUCCGAGUAUGAUAAUGCGGAAUGUGACGCGACACUCACUGAGAAAUGGUACCGUAUAGAUGGGGAUGCUGGGACAGACCUGACAAACGACAGCGGGCUGCUUCAAAACUAUGUUUGUGGCACGGUCUAUCAAAUGUGGAUGAAUGGCAACAUCCCGGAGGAGUCAGAGGGAAUCGUAGACAGACAAAUCUGCCUGAGAACAGUGUUCUCGACCUGCCACUAUUCCUUUACAAUACAAGUAAAGAACUGCUGCUCCUUUAGAGUAUACUACUUAAAGAGUGCUGGUGGUUGUCCACAUGCAUAUUGUGUUAGUGAUGUCAAUUUGACUUCACUGGGUGUCUGUCCAAAUACUGACACGACAGCUGAAACAACGUCAGUAAGAGCAACAUCAACGGAUGGUCCAAUAACUCUUACCGGCGGUUCAACGACAACACGCAGCAAUGAAAACGGUGCUGAAUAUACAGUCAUAAAGAAGGAUAAGACAAUACUCAUUGUUGUGCUUGUGACUUUAGUAGUGGUUUUGAUGGCAGUUUUUAUUGGAGUUUGCAAACAUGCUUCCAAGAAAUUUAAGAAUAAGCGUAGUGUGUCCACUAUUUCCCUGAUGUCGUGGUUCAGUGAACCCACCAUCGAAACACCCACACCUCCAGCAAAUACGACAGAGGACCAUGCUCUUCAAAUGUAUCGAAUCACAGAAAAGGGGGGAGUGUCAGAAAAUGCAAUAGGACAAAAUGUUCCCGGAGAGGCAGUUGAAGAGGAUUUUGCUUCGUAAUUUUUACAAUGGGGAUAACAUUUUUACUAGGUGGACUAUUAUUUUAUAAGAUGUUCAUUUAUAUAAGGAACUACAAUUUUCAGCCGUAGUGCUCAAUGGAUCAUCUUCGACUUAUCUUUAUUUAAAACCGUAUCGAAACUUUCAAAGAAAAAAUGGAUGGAUGGACUGUUGGUUAGUUUGCUGGGUGAUUUUUUUUUUAUAGAAAAUGAAAUAUUUACAAUCUGUUAUUGUAUAUGUUGUGUGUAAGUUUAUUUGAAUAAAAUCAUGUUUACCUAACAUGACCAGCCCUU